AUGAAGCUAUGUCUACGCUAUCUCGGUGACCCUGGAUAUCAACAAGGUAUUGGUCAGAAACUUGGUGUUAGUCAACCAACGGUAUCUCGGACUGUGGAUAGAGUUAUGAACAGUAUAGUUGCACAGUCGAACGAAUGGAUCAAGUUUCCAACUACCAACCAUGAACUGAUGGAGAUCAAGCGGAUCUGGCAAAGCAUGUAUAAAUUUCCGACAGCAAUUGGUGUAAUUGAUUGUACGCAUAUAGGAAUCCUGAAACCAAAUCGCCAUGGAGAUGAGUAUAUCAACCGAAAAGGGAAACCCACUUUAAAUGUGCAAGCCACUUGUGAUGCCAGAGAGAUGUUCACAAGUGUCGAUGUUAGUUGGCCUGGAUCAGUGCAUGAUUCCGGAAUAUGGAGAAAUUCACAGACUAGAUUACAGCUAAUAAUUAAAGCAAAUGUUGUACUACUUGGCGAUGACGGUUAUGGUAUUGAGCCAUGCCUUAUGACUCCCUUCAGAAAUCCUACUCCAGGUGCAGAAAUAAAUUAUAAUAAGCUUUCAAAACAAGAAAGAGCUAUAAUUGAACGCUGUUUCGGCCAACUGAAACGCCGGUUUCCUAUCCUACAGUCUGUUUUCCGCGUAAAGUUGGAAAAUGUGCUGAAAAUAAUUAUUGCUUGUAUUGUACUCUAUAAUGUUGCGACGAGCUUGGGCGAUCCUGACUUUGAGUUAGUUGUUAGUUGAACAAGACCCAGAUGAAGUUGAAGGAAAUCAUGAGAAUGACGAACUUCCUCUCGGUCAACUAGGUCAACAAAUAAGAAGAAACUCGAGUAUUAUAAUAAAUAGUUUUACUGAUUAAAGCGUAUUUAUAAGCUAUAGCAAGUUCUACUUUCGUGAAUAUCACAAGUUACCUACAGGUAGC